AUGCCUGGAGAAACCAUCACCUUACAAGUUGGCCAGUGUGGUAACCAAGUGGCGUUACAGUACUGGAAUCAAUUGGCUGCAGAGCAUGGAAUUCAAGCUGAUGGUCUGCCAUUAGCAUAUCCAGAUGAUCCCUCCUCGCGGUUCCAAUCCGGUAACACAGACCAUGUGGCUAGUCAGGGUCAGUCUCGCGAGGACCGUCCCGAGCUUUUCUUCACAUUAUCGGACUCUAAUAAAUAUACUCCCAAGGCAGUGUUGGUGGAUCUCGAGCCUUCAGUUAUCCAUAAAGCUACCAACGCCCUCCCAAUGUUCAAUCCUCGAAACGUGCACUUGAGUGAACAUGGAUCUGGUGCAGCCAACAACUGGCAACAGGGAUACUCGUAUGGCUUACAAUACCAGGAAGAAUUAUUGAAUUUAAUUGAUCGAGAGGUCGAUAAAUGUGAAAAUGUAUCCAAUUUCCAGCUUUUUCAUAGUGUGGCCGGUGGUACUGGUGCCGGAGUGGGUUCCUUGUUACUCGAGUUGUUGAGUGACCGUUUUGGGAGUAAGAAGUUGAUCAACACAUUCCUGAUUUUUCCAUCGAACGAGAAAACCUCCGACGUCGUUGUACAACCUUACAAUACUGUCUUGACAUUGAAACGAUUGAUCGACUAUGCAGAUAGCACUUUUGUGUUCCAUAAUGAUGCCUUGAACAGCAUCGAGAAUUUGCUUUUCAACACUGGCGGCUCAAGAAACUCAAUUGAUGGCCAAGCAGCUUUUGAGGGCGCAAACAAGAUCAUAGCCUAUGUUGCGGCCACAAUAUCCAACCCAUUGAGAUUUCCUAAUUACAUGCACACAUCGCAUGAGUCGAUUUAUUCCACGUUGGUUCCUACACCAGAUUUGAAAUUCUUGACAACUUCAGUGGCCCCUUUCACAUCACAAGUAUCGAGGCAAAGCUACACCAACGAAUAUGAAAUUAUCCUUGAGCUUUUGAAUGAUCGCUACAAAUUAAAUAGGGUGACCGAGCCUAUCAAGUAUAUUUCCGUGUUGAACUACCUAAUUGGAAACAACCUCAAUCAAGAGGAGAUACGAAAGGGCACAACCAAGGUCCAACAAAGACUCAAUUUCGUGCCCUGGACUCCGUCUUCGGUGCAAUGUGUGAAUGGCAGAAAGUCUUUAUUCGGUAACAACUCAGCCACCAAAGGGCUCACGGGCAUCCAAAUCUCCAACAACACCUCGAUUGUGGGGGUUUUUACCAAAAUAUUGAAGCAGUACGACCUUUUAGCCAAGAGAGAGGCCUACAUCAAUUCCUACACCGAGUCCAACGACGCACAGGAACGAGCCAGAGUUAUGGGUCUUUUCAACGAGUGCCGCGAGAGCGUGGCACUGGUCGUGGAAGAGUACAAGGCGUGCCAAAGCGUCAAUUACUUGGAGGAUGAUAUCUUAGAUGAAGAUGAAGUGAUGUAG